AUGGCUGAGAUGGACCUUGUGAAUUACUGGAACAACUUCCUGAAGAUAGCCUUCGAUAAUUCUCAAAAGGCUAUGUUGACGACAUGCACGCUUCAAAGUCAGAAUCCAGAGGCUAAUAAAGUGGACAUCAAAUGUUGCUUCUCCUUCACGGUACGGCGGGAUGCCCAGCAUAACAUCAAAGCAGGCUUUGCAAAGCGCCUGAUAGAAUCUCUGGAAAACAACACAAAUGCGUUAACAACUCCUGAGCUGCACAGCGCCGUCGAUGACCUCACUUCGCUUGAGAUUGUAUCUUCUGUCAAUUCUAAAUGCGAGCUUGACAAGCUUGGUACAGCACUAUGGAAUCUCACAACCAAACAGAGGGACUACUCAGAUGAGAAGAAAGACCUCCUUUGCCUCCGCAAAGUCUUGAAAUGCACCAUAAAGGCUGCCAAAUACAGUUUGGAUCGAGACCAAUUGAGCCUUGCAGAGGUAGCUGUGGAGAAGGCAUCCAUAUAUGAGGAGAGGCUGAGAGACCGCCAACACGAAGCAGGCCAGGUGCAACAACACUUGCUCCGCGAUUAUCUACUUCUCAGGAUCGCAUUGGCAUGGCGACAAGGCCGUCUCGACAUGGCAAAGCUCAUGUAUUCCAAAGUCAAAUCAACUUCGACGCCUUUAAAUCAAGCUUUUGCUGAGCAACUUGCCGAUCUCUUGUUCGAGGUUGCAAAGGAUCAAUCGAACAAGAGUGAUCAUGCUGCCGCUGUUGAUUGGUUCGAAGAUGCCUUGGACGAACUGUCAAGCCAUGAGGUAAACCAAUUAAGUAGCGACGGCAUUGAGCUGAAGAUGUGUACGAUGCAUUACCUGGUCAAGGCUCACAUAAAUGUCGGAAGCGCAGACCAUCGUAACAAGGCUUGGAACGUUGUCCAGGAACUUGAGCUUGAGUAUGGACAAAAGCUUACAAUUUCCUUAUUGAAACUAGAUCUUUACGCUUCGGAGCCAAACCCACAGCCUACUGAGUAUGCGAGCACACUGGAAAAGAUCGUACGGACCGUUCAUCUUACUGAAAUCAACAUCAAGACAGUCUUGCAUCACUUGUAUCGCCUCAGAUCGUGGUCUUCCUCACAAGCACUGAAUGUUCUCCUCAUCCUCAUCAAACAGAGGCUUUUGGACAGCGAGGAAGUGGCGUGGCUCGAGAAAGGACUAGUGACCAUGGUAUGGAUUGCCACAAGCUCGUCUGAGUCUCCAAACAUCCUUGAUGUCCUGAAGUGUCUAUUCGAUGAAGUCGUAGGCUCCCCAUUGAAGAUGAUCGGCUCUGUAGCAACGCAUACAGCUCAGAUGCUCAUGUGGAAAUCGAUAGAAUCAUACUAUCAGCAGCAACAAUACGAAGUCUCGAAGUCCUGGUGCCACUUAUCACUCCACAAUCUAUUCAAAAAUGCAGGAGCGAGGAAUGUUGGAAAAUUGCAGAGAAAGCUAAUUCUUUGCGCUCUUGAUCAAGGCAGCAUCUCCGAAGCAAGGGAUAUACAUGCAGACAUGUCAACAGCAGACCAAGAUGAGCCCGCAAGCCGAUUCUUGAUGUACAAAAUCGCGCUCAGACGUCAGGAUGGAGAAUCAGCGUCCCAAUGUCUGGAAUCUAUCUGCAAGAAGAGUAACAAAGAUCCUACGAUUCUAUACGCCUGCGUGUUGGAAGCGCAACGAUCUGGAGAUCAAAUCCAAAGCAUUGCUGCAUUACAGAGAGUUCUUGAGGAUCAUAAUAUGGAUGCGCUCGACGGUGUUCACUUGCCGGCGCUGCUUCGAUGUACCGCUAGACAGCUAUUUUCUCAGCUUGAGAAAAGCUCUUACCCAUCAGGCGAGCAAAUUGUUGAAGACAUCUGUAAGCUUUUCGAAGGCGCUGUAGCCCAAGCAAGAAAAUCUAGAAAGGACCCUCAUACAUCAUCAUUUACGAUACAUGAGCUUGACUGGUUUUCUCGAAACAGUUACAACCUCUCUUUGAAGCAUUGCUCUACAUGGUCUUAUCAGUAUACGCAAAGGACAGUCACCUCAUGUCUCAAAUUUAUUGAGAUGUAUCCCACAGAUCAAGACCUCACAGCUGCUGACGACUUGAAUUUGAGAAGGCUUUUCUGCUAUUUCUUGAGCGGGUCACUAUUGACUGCCAUGGCACGACAGGAAGAUCUGCGUGAGACACAAUUGCAGCAAUAUCUGGAUUUGAGAAAGGCAGUCGAUUCGUUUCGGGUAGCUUUACCAGACCAAUUGAACAGACUAGGCAAAGGCCCCUCAGCGGACCUUCAACGAAAAUUUCUCAGUCUCUUAGCUUAUGACUUUGAAGCAGCCGCUCGGCUGAAAGCGUGGAAUGACCUCCAGUCGAUCAUCAAGGAAUGUGAAACCCACGGCAACGCCUACGUUUUCUCUGUCCUAGCGGACAUUGUUCUCGCCUCCGAAGCUCCAGCCCACAUAAAAAUCACAACUCUCCAACAAAUCAUCAACGGCACUUGGGCCAAAGGUGGCAAUGACAUCUCCAAGCUCUCUCGCUGGAUCAGAUGUCUCUUCUCUCUUGCCCAAACAAGCCGAACGGAAAUCGCAGAGCAACUGCUUGAGCAGGCAAUCGGCGUAGUCCAGAGCUCCAAGGGCGGGCCAGAUAGCAAUGCCUAUCCCGCGGAGGAGCUCGAAUGGUUAGCAACGAUGACUUUCAACCACGCCAUUGACUUCCAUUCUUCUGGGCAGGAGGUUGAUUGCCGACGUUGGGCGGAGCAAGCUUUGAGGUUGGCUGAUCUUGCGGCGGAUAAUGGUGCUCUGCAUCACCUUUUACAGGAGAAAUAUCAGAACUUGUCAUGGCAGAAGGCUUGA